UAGCGCCGAGUUGAACGGAGGUUAAAUCCGAGAAUUUACAUGUUUACGCUAGAUUUGAUCCCCUGUCACGAGCGCGAAGCGGUGCGAGAGGUAGAAGUACCGACGGACAGGUAAGCUUUCUACUGUUCCAGCGAAUCGUGAGGUUCCAGCUAGCUCCUCGAGGGCAAGUGUCGGCAGACCCGGAAAAAUUCGGGCAUAUCUGCACGCCGUGUUUACAUUUCGUUCAUCCUCCAUAAAAAUCGGAAUUGAUAAUGUCGAAACAAAACACCCGCAUCUCAAGUAACAACUGUUAGUAUUGUCGUCAUUCGCGAUACGAGAUUACGAGGAUCUCUCCGUUCGACUCGGGAUUCGAUCUUCGCUGUGCUCGUCAGUUUCCAGCGAUAACGCUUCGUCGAGUUAUCUCGUCAAAUAAUGCCGAGUCAUUGCGGCCGGUGGUCCGAACUAUCGUAGCGAUUGCGACAGCUAAAGGUGUAUGCGGCAUAAAGUAUUGCAGAGUUAACAAGGCGAGCGACGGACGGGAAGGAGAAAGUUCGAGAAGUGCGCGAAGUAGGUAGAGGUGGGUGACAUCCGUAUUCAUAAGGCUGCCAUGUUAACGCCCCACCGUGCCCUCCGGCCAUGUACCCAUCUCAUAAGGACUGUACGCUCGUUACAGUCGGCUAGUAACGACGUCGCCUCAUCGUCAUCGUCGUUGCCGAUCGCGCGAGGGUUUGAUUGCCGCCGCCUGUUGCGAGACCCGUUGACAGUAGACCCAUUUGCGAAGACUCUCGGUGCUUCAUUUGCGACGAUGGCGAAGAUAAAGGCAGGACCGGUCGUCGACAUCCUCGGGGACGAGAUGACGCGCAUCAUAUGGGACGCGAUCAAGCAAAAACUCAUUUUGCCGUACUUGGAUAUUGAGCUGCACACGUACGAUCUGGGCAUCGAGAACCGCGAUGCCACGAACGACAAUGUCACGGUGGAAUGCGCCGAGGCCAUCAAACGCUACAACGUCGGUAUCAAGUGCGCUACGAUCACGCCCGACGAGAAGCGCGUGGAGGAAUUCAAGCUGAAGCAGAUGUGGAAGAGUCCUAACGGAACCAUCAGAAACAUCCUGGGGGGCACGGUGUUCCGCGAGGCGAUCAUCUGCAAGAACAUCCCGCGUCUGGUUGUCGGCUGGAAGGAGCCGAUCAUUAUCGGCAGACACGCGCACGCCGAUCAGUACAAGGCCACGGACUUCGUGGUGCCGGGACCGGGCAAGCUGGAGAUCACGUGGACCGGCGCCUCCGGCCAGAAGCUCCAGUACACCGUCCACGAGUUCAAGGGCCCGGGUAUCGCCCAAGCGCAGUACAACACCGACGAGAGCAUAUGUGCGUUCGCCCACAGCUCGUUCCAGUACGCACUGUCGCGCAACUACCCGCUCUACCUGUCGACGAAGAACACGAUCCUGAAAAAGUACGACGGCCGCUUCAAGGACAUAUUCCAGGACAUCUACGACAGGGAGUACAAGCAGAAGUUCGAGGCGAAGAAGCUGUGGUACGAGCACCGGCUCAUCGACGACAUGGUAGCGUACGCCAUGAAGUCCGAGGGCGGUUUCGUGUGGUCGUGCAAGAACUACGACGGCGACGUGCAGUCGGACUCGGUGGCGCAGGGCUACGGAUCCCUGGGCAUGAUGACCUCGGUGCUCGUGUGCCCAGACGGUCGCACGAUCGAGGCCGAGGCAGCUCACGGCACCGUCACCCGCCACUAUCGUCAACACCAGCAAGGUAACGAGACGUCCACCAACUCGAUCGCCUCCAUCUUCGCAUGGACGCGUGGACUGCUGCAUCGCGCCAAGCUCGACAAUAACGCGAGCCUGAAGCACUUUGCCGAAACGCUCGAGAAGGUCUGUAUAGACACCAUCGAGUCUGGCUACCUCACCAAGGAUCUCGCCAUAUGCAUAAAGGGAAGCAUGGACAAGGUCACCAGAGCUGAUUACCUAGAGACAUUCGAGUUCAUGGACAAACUCGCCGAAAAUCUGAAGAAGCAGCUCAAAGCAUGACUCGUUGAGGCUGACGAGGCGCAUGUGAACUUACGAGCCAGGUACUAGCGUUAUAACGAAGAAGAGGAAAUGUAGUCGUGGUUACGGGAAAGUCUGCGGUGAAUAUACAAUAUCUGUAAUUAUAUAUGCAUCAAGCAUAAGUAGGAUUAUAAUUACGUAAGUUUCCUUGGUUUCGCGUUAUGUCAAUCUCGUUUACCUUCAAAGUGCUGAUAAUUUAACUUUUUAUCUGUAGUUGUGCAAUAGAUACAGAAUUAAAGGCACAACAUGCAAGAUAACGAUGUUCCGCAAUUGGGUUAAUCCAAUUUAAAUAGAUUAACUUCGUUGCUGAUCAACCGUCUCCAUUAUCUAUUUAUCUCGUUAAACACCAUUGACACGUAAAAUGAUACUCGAAUGAAAAUUAUAGAUUACAUGGUGAUAUCUCUGAGAUUUUAUCACCAUAUAUAUAAUAUAAUUUGUGAAUUUUGUAUUAAUGUUGAUCAUGAAAUACAAAAGCAAAAUUAUAUGUAUAUACAAAUGUACAUUUUUAAAUAAAACUUUUCUUAAUAAAAGCAUUUACUUUUAUAUCAAAAUAUGUUCUAUGCCAGUCUAAUUUCUUGCCGAUUAGUAUCUUUAAAAUAGUAUCGUCCGAUAGUUGCAUUAACUCACGGAUACGUCAUCAAUGAAUCCUGAUAAGUAUUUUUUUUCUUGAUUACGAAAGCUAAACCUCGAUGAUUACCCUGAUUUAAAAAUUAUCAUGCAUACUAAGUUAUAAACGAUUGCGGAAUAGCAUGUUAUGCAUAAGAUAAAAGUUAAGAUAAAAGUUUUCAUUGCAGUUUGAUGAUCUCUAUUUGUGAGCAAUAAGAUAAGAACGAUUUCUUAACAGUGUCAAUAAUUUAUGCAAUUGUAAUGUCCUAAGACAUAUUGACCCCAAUUUCCAUAUUCUUAGUAAGAUAUGCUCGUUUUAAUGACGUGCGACACAAGACUCAUUUUUUUCUUGUAUAUAAAUUAUAUAAAUGUACAGAUCAAUGUGUAAACCAUAAGUGAUAUGUAUGUAUGCACGUAUGUAUGUAUGUAUGUAGCUUAAAAGUGGACCAGAUUCAGGAACUCUGAAUAAAAACAAAAUUUCCAACGAU